CGUGUUCUCCAGUCCACACAGCUUUGUAGAGCUCCUGUGUCCAGUCUGGCUCUGACAACGGAGUUAACAUCUCUGUAACAGUAUCCUGUUCAAACACCGUCAGUGCUGGAGAGGUUUCAAAGUCAUUCUGGAAGUUUGCCGAGACUCCAAUUUUAGGAGAAGACGCGGAUUUAAGUAAUUCAACACUCAUUCUCCGAGAUGUCGCUGUUAGAAGACGUUGCAUUCCGCUCCAACAUACCUGUACCUUUUGAUAUCACAGUGGCAGUGGUCUACUCCAUUUUUGGUGUGUGUUCGCUGUUUGGAAACAGCACACUACUAUAUGUCUCCUACAAGAAAAAGCACCUCCUGAAACCUGCAGAGUACUUCAUCAUCAACCUUGCUGUUAGUGACUUGGGCCUGACUCUGUCCCUGUAUCCCAUGGCAAUAACUUCAAGCUUCUAUCACCGGUGGCUGUAUGGAAAAACGGUGUGCUCCAUUUACGCUUUUUGUGGCAUGUUGUUUGGCAUCUGCAGUCUGACCACACUAACCUUACUGAGCGUGGUGUGCUUUGUGAAAGUUUGCUAUCCGCUCUAUGGGAACAGGUUUAACUCAGUUCACGGCUGUUUGCUCAUUGCCUGUGCUUGGAUCUACGCCCUGCUGUUCGCCUGCUCCCCGCUGGCCCACUGGGGGAAAUACGGACCAGAGCCCUAUGGCACUGCCUGCUGCAUUGACUGGCGCCUCUCCAAUCAGCACACCACAGCGCGCUCAUUCACCGUGGCGCUGUUCGUCUUCUGCUACAUCCUCCCAUGCUGUGUUAUUGUAGCAUCCUACACGGGUAUUCUGCUCACAGUGCACACGUCCCGUAAGAAUAUGGAGCAGCAUGAGUCGAGGCAAACGCACAUGAGCAGCAUCCAGGCAAUUAUUGUUAAGCUAAGUGUUGCAGUCUGCAUUGGCUUCUUCGCAGCGUGGAGUCCAUAUGCCGUGGUGUCCAUGUGGGCUGCUUUUGGCCGCAUUGAGAACAUCCCUCCUCUGGCUUUUGCCAUGCCAGCCAUGUUUGCAAAGUCCUCCACCAUCUACAACCCAAUCAUCUACCUAAUGCUGAGGCCAAACUUCCGCAGGGUCAUGUGCAGGGACUUGGGCACCCUUUGCCAGAGCUGUGUGAAGGGCUGCCUCUGCAAUGAAAGGCCAUCAAAGUGCUGCUCCAAGCCAAAGAUCAGGGUCAGACUUCACACAAUCCACAGACAGACUAACCAAUUCCCUUCUUCAAACACCUCUGCUCAACCUCCUAUAGUAGCAUUAGAGGAGCACAGCUGUGAAAAGUGCAAGGAUGCCUUUGAAUGCUUUAGACACUACCCUCAAAUGUGCGGUGUCACUAACCCUUCAGCCAGCAGACACUCAUCUAAGGAUCAUGACGCUCCAGCUCCCCAAACACAGCAGCAGAAGACACAACAUGUGUCCAACAGGAAGUCUCUGCUGGCCAGCAUGUGUGCAAAAAGGACUUCAGAAAUGGAAAACUUCCAUAUUAAUCUAGAGAUGGUCCCAGGGCAUGCAAAGAUAGCUUGGCCCUGAGAGCUCUCUUCACAUCUGUUUACAGCAUAUAUCAGGACUUAUUUUGCAGGUUAAGUUCUUAGAGAUGAGGUUGAACCAUUUACAAAGCGUCUGGGCAGCAGUCAAGUUACUUAUUUCUUUCUAUGGUCACCCACUGUGCUUUACUUUUGCUACUGAGACAGAAAAGCUUUCAUGUCAGCUAAUAUGAGGGGUGUUUUGUUUGUUACCUACUCUAAAUCAGACUCUUAAAUGUUUGUAAUAUAUUAAUAUCCCAGUUUUGAGCUCUGGUUUAAUAUCAGUAAACUUCUGACAGUAGUAUAAUCCCAGAAGUGCUACAAAACAUCUUGGACUGCAUCAAAAAUGAUGUAGUUAUGGUAACAAUUAUAUGCAGUUAUCAGCACAGCACAGGAACAUUUGAAUGAGUGCUACUGUAUUAAACUUAGCCAAGUUGAAUCAGAGCAGUUUUAAAGCUCCAGUGAGGAGUUUUUGGAUUGUCAUAAAAAAGACUGAAAUUUA